AUGUCGUCUAUUCAGUAUAAAUAUCAUCCUGACAAAAAAGCUUCUAUAAUUACAGCACCAUUCUCAGGUGGUCAACCCAAAGGUGGCGUAGAGUUAGGUCCAGAUUAUAUUCUUAAAGCUGGUUUCCAAAAACAAAUUGAAUCCUUGGGAUGGACAACGGAAUUAAAAGAACCAUUAGAAGGUACAGAAUACGAAAAAAUGAAAACCAAUGACAAGGAUGAAUUUGGUGUUAAAAAUUCAAGAAUUGUCAGUGAGUCUUGUCAAAAGAUUCAUGAUGCCGUCAAGGGAAGUUUGGCAGAAGGUAAAUUACCAAUAACCAUUGGUGGUGACCACUCGAUUGGAACUGCUACUGUUAGUGCAAGUUUGGUGCACGAUCCAUCUACUUGUGUCAUUUGGGUUGAUGCUCAUGCUGAUAUCAACACACCAAAAACUACUGAUUCAGGUAACUUGCACGGUUGUCCAUUGAGUUUUAUCAUGGGUAUCGAUAGAGACAGCUAUCCACCAGAAUUUUCUUGGGUACCUCAAGUAUUAAAAUCCAACAAGUUGGUUUAUAUCGGGUUGAGAGAUGUUGAUGACGGAGAAAAGGAAAUCUUACGUAAACACAACAUUGCAGCUUUUUCAAUGUAUCAUGUCGACAAAUAUGGAAUAGGUAAAGUCGUUGAAAUGGCCUUGGACAAAGUCAAUCCAAACCGUGAUUGUCCAGUACACUUGUCGUAUGAUGUUGAUGCCAUUGACCCAUCAUUUGUUCCCGCUACAGGAACUAGAGUGGAAGGUGGUUUGUCUUUGAGAGAAGGUUUGUUUAUUGCUGAAGAGAUUGCUCAAAGUGGGCUUUUACAAAGUUUGGAUAUAGUGGAGACUAACCCAAUGUUAGCCGAAACUGAAGAACAUGUGUUGGAUACAGUCAGUGCAGCAUGUGCCAUAGGUAGAUGUGCAUUGGGCCAAACUUUAUUAUAA